AUAAAAACUUCAACCAAAUGGUUUGUCCUAACAAUACAAAACUAUUAAAUUAGUUGGCUGCCAUAAUGGGCAGUAAUUAACAAUAGUAUUUCGUAAUAUUCUAUGCUAAAAAAGACAAUACAAUUACAAGAAAAUUAAAUCACAAUCGUUAAAUAAAUAAAAUAUUACCAAUUAACUUUCUUUGCAAACAACCCACUUAACGUCGUCCUAACUUCCAGCUAAGAUUUUAUAAUUAUUACCCAAUGUUUAUCUGCGCGUUUUAGUGAAUUGUUUUAAAUAAGAAGGUCAAAACCGUAGCUUUAUUUUGGUUCAUAAUUGAAAUAGAAUCGUAAAAAAUACCUGAAUUGCUAUUUCAGACUAUGUAGAGUUUUUAUUAUUAUUACUAAGUUGCAAGCGAUGGAUUCUGCUAAAAGACAUGCAACAGCCGCUCAAGUUGCAGCCUUGAUGGAUUUUAUGCAAGAACAUUCAGAUGUUGCUAAAGGUCUCCUAAAUUCAGGGCUUGAGAGAGAAGACUUGGAGUCACAAUGGCGAGAUCUAACAAGUACACUUAAUUCUAUGGGAGGCGCAGUUAAAUCUGUUGAUAAAUGGAAACAGACUUGGCGUGACUUAAAAUCAAAUACAAAGAAGAGGGCUCUUAAGCAGCAGCAAUCUUUACCUGAUACAAGUUUAGGGCUGAGCCCAGAGGGAACCGGAGACACCUCACAGAAUACGGAUGGAGAAAAUUAUGUUCCUCCUAAGAAAAGAUUUGCUUCAUUUGAUGAAGAAAUAAUUAAAAUUGAGAGAGAUAAACUAGAAUUUGAUAGAGAAUAUAAGAUACAAAAAAUUGAAGUAUUAUCAAGGAUAGCAUCAGCAUUAGAAGAAUUAGCUAAGAAAUAAAAAAGUUUAAUUAAAGGCCUUUAACAUUUUACUAAAUAAAGUACUAUACCCUUA